AUACAUCUCGGCUAUAUUAUACAUAAAUGGGCCACCUGAUGGUAAAUGGUCACCGCUGGCAAUAGACAUCGGCACUGUAAGAAAUAUUAACCAUCAUUUACAUCGACAAUAUGGCUCACACACUCACCCUUCAAACCGAAACAAAGUAUUGGUGUAUGGCAGUAGAAUAUCUGCACCACGAACAUGACCACGAACACGACCACCACCACGACCACCACCACCACGAGCCUGGCAUGCCCUUCGACUUCGCAUACGCUGUGAACGAAGAUGGUAACGACUACAGUCACAAUGCGAAGUCCGACGGUGACGUUACACGUGGGGAGUAUAGAAUCGCUUUGCCUGAUGGCAGGACGCAAAUCGUUAAAUAUACGGCUGAUUGGAAGAAUGGUUUCAAUGCCGAGGUAACCUAUGAAGGUGAAGCCCGGUACCCAGACCAGCCUACCAGAGGAUACCCAUCGUCAGGACCCGGACAACCCUACGUACCACCGAGCCAAGGCUACCACUAUUAGUUUACCCAAAACUGAACGAGGACAAUGCUUAGAGAAAUUUAUCGCAAACAUUUUCAUUUUUCACCGCUAGAUGGCAUUGUUACGACGCCAUGAAGAUUUAAUUUUAAGUUUAAAUAAUCGUUAUCCGUCAAAAAUAUUGAAAAGUAUAUCAACAGAUUAAAAAUACUAUUCUUUAUCUGUAAGGCCAUCUAGUAAGAACCUAAUAAUUUAAUAUUUCGUUUCACCUCUUUAAUUUCUCAUCAAACAUAAGAGCUAAAUUAUUGGUUAAAUAAACCAUAAGUAUUAUAAAAUAUAUUAGUUACCAAACAAAGUUACCACAUCACAAUUACAUUUUUUGUUUAAAAUACACUGCCUUACUCAUAGAUCCUUUAGAGGUUAGAGGAUGCUGUUAUUUUCUUUAUUUUUUAAUGUUAAGUUUUUAAAUUAAAAAAUAGUUCAUAAUUGAACAAUGAAGAUAUAAUCUGUUUCUUUUAAAUAAGCCAUUUCAUUCAAAAAAACAAAUUCAUUCAUAAAUAUUCAAUAAUACUUAAUUGUUAGUUUACUUUUAAGCAAUUGUAAAAUACUCGUAAUCACUGCCCUUAAGU